AAGUCACCGAAAUGGAGCGACAGGACGAUAGUGGCUCGACGCAGACCGAUAAUGCCAGGGUCGCGAAGGAUAAUGACGACUUCGAUCUCGACGAUCUUUUGCCGAUUGUUGGCGAGUUUGGUCGUUAUCAGAAGCAGUUGCUGUGGCUGGUCUGCUUGCCGGCGUGUUUGCCGUGCGGUUUUUGCGCCUUUAAUCAAUUAUUCAUGGCGGACACGCCGUCGCAUUGGUGCAAGGUGCCGGGUUUGGAGAACAUGGACGUUGCUCGCAGAAGACGUCUCGCCAUUCCCGCGAGUCAGGAUGACAACGAGACGUAUAGUCAGUGCACGCGAUACGAUAUCGACUGGACGACGAUGGAGAAUUACUCUGUCGUGACGACGUACUUGCCCGUGCCCAACUCGUCGUGGUCUGUUGUGCCUUGCGAUCACGGCUGGGAAUACGAAACCUCGGAGAUAACGUCGUCUAUCGUCGUUGAUUUUGAUCUCGUAUGCGAUCGCGCGAUCUAUCCAACAAUUGGUUUAGUGGCUCUUAAUACAGGAGGCCCUAUAGGAGUGUAUCUGUUCGGUACAUUAAAUGACAGAAUCGGUCGGAGGCUAUCCUUCUUUACGUGCUUGGCGACAUUAAUAAUUGGCAGCUUUCUAACGGCAAUGUCAAGCAAUUUUUGGACCUGGGCCUCGACGCGCUUUAUCGUUGGUUUAACAAUACCAGCGAUUUAUCAAAUACCUUUUAUUAUAUCCUUGGAGCUGGUCGGGCCAAAUUACCGUUCAUUCGUAACGGUUAUGACUUGCACUUUCUAUACGAUGGGCCUUUGCAUGCUAGCAGGUGUCACCUAUCUAAUACGCGAUUGGCGAACGCUCGCCGUAAUCACGAGCGCGCCUUUUCUGAUAUACUUCUUUUACUGGUGGUUCUUACCGGAAUCACCGCGGUGGUUGUUAGCAAAAGGUCGCCUAGCCGAGGCUAAUGCCAUUCUUGAGACUUUGGCCCGCGUGAAUGGCAAAGAACUUCCGGCAUCGUUCACGCAAAAACUCCGGCAUCGUAUGACAAUGUCGAGGUCAAAGAGCGAGGAGGAGAGAUUGCGAACCGGUCCCGGUGUACUUUCACUCUUCAAAUCGCCGAAUAUGCGCCUCAAGACGUGUCUCAUCACUUUAAACUGGUUUGCCAAUAAUAUGGUGUACGUUGGUCUUUCCUACUACGGGCCGGCCUUGGGGAAUGAGGAACAUUUGAGUUUUCUGUUUUCUUCCCUCGCCGAGAUUCCCAGUUACGUCGCUUGUUGGAUUGUAAUGGAUCGAUGGGGCCGUCGAUGGCCGCUCUGCCUGUGCAUGGUCGUGGCUGGAGUGUCGUGCAUUGCAACGGUGCUGUUAUCGCCCGAUGCUGUCACGGAGACCUUAAUACUAUUUCUCAUAUCAAAGUCUGCGAUAUCGGCUUCAUUUCUAAUUAUUUACCCCUUCGCCGGGGAACUCUAUCCCACGCAGUUACGUGGAGUUGCCAUUGGCUUCUCCGCGUACAUCAGCGGCCUCGGACUCAUCAUUAUACCCUUCGUAACAUAUCUCGGAAAAGAAAAUCUUGUAUUGCCUUUAGUCAUCUUGGGUGCGAUCUCAGUAAUUGGUGGCUUAUCCGGACUGCGACUACCGGAAACAUUGCAUCACCGUCUACCACAAACAAUUGAGGAAGGAGAAUUGUUUGGCAAAGAUUGGACAUGCGCGGAUUGCAUCCGUUGCGUUCCAACAAAACCAUCAUCGAUCGCGGCUUCUUACGAGGACUUGUCGAUGCGAGAUACAGUAGAGAUGCAAGAAGUACCCGAAUCUCUGCUUGCUUCAUCCAUUUUGGAAGAACGUCAACGGCCGAGCACGGCAAGCGUUCGCCGUUUGGCUCGUCAAUCCAGCAUGAUGGAUACUCAACGUGAUUCCGACGGAACUAUGAAGAUGACUUAUUGGUUUUAGUUCUCGUCAUUUUAAAUCGAACGCAGUUCUAGUCGAAAUAAAGUGAAAUUUUUUCCUAUUUUUUUCUACAAUUAAAGUAAAUAUUUUUUAAUAAUUUGAUUAAAUUAUGUU